UGGUGUGCGGAACUCCCGGAGCGGCGCGCAGGGUCCGGCGCCCAGGACUGGCCUUUCCCGGCCGGGGAGGGCGCUCUGAGCACCCCCGCCCCCAACAAGGUCCCAAGUGCCCCUCGGCCGCGCUCUCCUGCUCAGCCCUGCGGGCCCCGGGAGGCCCGGCCAUGCGCCCAGGCUAGUGCGCCCGGGGCGCAGCGCCGACCCGCGCUGUCCUGCCGUCCGCUUCCGCUCCCGCCGCCGGCAUGCUGCGCCCGCUGCUGCUCGCGGCGCUCUGCGUGGCCGGCCGGCUCGGACUCAACCGCGGCUGCCAGCUGCCGUCAGAGUGGAGACCCCUGAGCGAGAGCUGUCGCGCCGAGCUGGCUGAGAUCAUAGUGUACGCCAAAGUGCUGGCGCUGCACCAGGAGGUGCACGGCCUCUACAACUACCUGCCCUGGCAAUAUGAGGCCGGCGAGGCGGGGCUCUUCUACUCCGCGGAGAUCGAGAUGCUGUGCGACCAGGCGUGGGGCAGCAUGCUCGAGGUCCCCGCCGGCUCCAGGCUCAACCUCACCGGCCUGGGCUACUUCUCGUGUCACUCCCACACUGUGGUCCAGGACUACUCCUAUUUCUUCUUUCUCAGGAUGGAUGACAAUUAUAACCUCUUGCCUCAUGGAGUCAACUUCCAAGAUGCCAUCUUCCCAGACACUCAAGAGAACAGAAGGAUGUUUUCCAGCCUUUUCCAGUUUUCAAACUGUUCCCAAGGGCAGCAGCUGGCCACUUUCUCCAGCGACUGGGAGGUCCAGGAGGACAAUAGGCUCAUGUGUUCAUCGGUGCAGAAGGCCCUGUUUGAGGAGGAGGACCAUGUCAAGAAACUGCAGCAGAAGGUGGCCACCCUGGAGAAGCGGAACAGGCAGCUUCGGGACCGGGUGAAGAAGGUCAAGAGGUCGCUGCGGCAGGCGCGGAAGAACGGCCGCCACCUGGAACUGGUCAACCAGAAGCUCAGUGAGAAGCUGGCAGCCACAGCGGGAGCCAUUCCGCACAUCAACGCCCUGGGGCGGGAGCCCGCACGCAGCACCUACCUGCGGGGAUAAGGGGACCCCUUGGUGCCACAGCCAGCACUGCUGGGGCGCCUUGCCUCCCUUGUAGAAGAUAUUUUUUACUCUGCAUUUGGUAGUGUCUAGUUGGUUAAAGGGAAAGUCCUGCUGUUCCUACCUGGUCUCACACAUGGUGCUUGGAAGUCCAGAGGCAGCAGGAUCAAGCAAGCUGUGUGCUUGCCUGGAGCCUGUCCUCAGCCUCUGGGAGUGGCCUGCAAAGUGCAGAUAUUGGGGAAAGGACACUUUAGACUUUCUAGCUGUAUGAGACUGCAAGGAGGUUGGCCUUUGUUUCAGAAGAGGCAGCCGUGCAGCCUCAACUCUGCGCUCCAGAACAACUAGUUUUGAGGAGUGACCUGAAUCCAGUCAUGGAACUGCCCCAUGUCUCAUAUUCCAGGCCUUUGGAAGGAGGACAAUAAUGGCCUUGCAAAGCUCCCAGUGAUGCCUAUAAGUAGCAGGUGCAGGGUGUCCCUACUCCAGCCAGCCUUUUCUCCCUGAGGCAAGUGAAGACUUAAUGCGCUCGGCACAGGUAAGGGAACUGAGUUGGGCAGCGGGCCAUUAAAAAGAUACGUUAUACCCGAUUUCCAAUACCAGCUGCCCAGAGCCGAAGAUAAGAGGUCACUUUAAUCAAGAGGGACAUGGCCCCAGGGGCCUGCCAUGUUUCAUCACUCCACGUUCCUAAGGGAAAAUCCUGAGCAGCAUUGCAGCCCCUUCUAAAUUUCAAUUUUAAUUUACUGUUUGCUCAGUAAUUUCUUCCCACUUUUCCAAAUUCAAGGUGAGCUGCCCCAGUACUCUGGACUCCUAGAAAAACACCUUCUUACCUAUUGGGAUCCGGUGACUCUGCGUCGGUCCCAGGCAGGCCUGGUUCCAGGUGCUCCCUUCUCCUGCUUCUUUAUGAAGAUGCUUUUCCACCCACAGGGACAGACCUCGUCCUGGGGUAGUGUUUGUACAUCAGUCUGCCUGUCGCAGUUGCACCUGUACCCAAUCAAACCAUGUCAUCCCCUUGGGACAGAAACCUUUAAAGACAGCACUGCAGGAAAAGAGCUGUGUUCACUAUACCUGACACUCGGGUUCUUGACUUAGGCUCAUGUGAUCAGGCCCCAGCUGCGUUAUUAGGAAGUCAGUUGAGUGUCCUGUCGGUGAUCUUCUGCUGAGGGUAGAAGAUAAUGACCUUUCCCUUCCCUGCCUGUCCAGAGAGAAGCUUCUGGCCCUUCAUUGGGGGUCUGCUACCCACAGACCACCCAGGACACUGCAGGGCCCGACUGUUCUGUCUCCUCCAUUAGAAGUGGCAGGUCCUGUCAGAUUUCCAUGCUGGUGGCAGCCAGUCUGAGGGUUGGACCUUGUGUCACUUGAGUCUUGGUGGCAGGCUCCUGCCUCAGGGGCAGACUCUGUCUUGGACUGAGUGGCAUUGGAACUGUUGGCUCAAGGGCUCCUUGUUUCCAAGAUUCUGCCUGCACUUUAGUAGCUUAUGCUUCAGUGGGGUACACAGCAGAAGGGGUGCCUUCCAGGUUACUCUUCCUGGGGACACUCCCUUAGAACGGUUGUGCUUGCGGUGAAGGGAAGGACAAGCCCAAGGGUGAUUUACAGUCAGCGUUGGAAGAAUGUGGGAGCUGGGUCUCUACAGCUGCACUAUGUCUCCCUUUUCAAUAAAGAUGAGCAAUAUUUCAGCCACGACAGUAAAGCGAUGUUUCUUUUGUAUCAGGGAGAUUUCAAGAUGAGGCCUGGAAAGGCAAUUUGGAUGCUCUGCAGGGAGCAUGUGUGAGUACCUCCUGGGCAUUCGGGACACGGCCUGACCCUGCCUUUCUCCGCAUGCCCAUCCCUCGACACACCUGCAGAGAAGCUGUGCUGCCUUGGCCUGCUCCUCAGGAGGGGCAGCAGCUUCAUCAAUCAAUGACAUUAACAUACCCUCAGAUCGGUUGCCAAAGGGAACUAACUCCCUGGGUCCUUGUUAUCUGCGGCAUUGCCAUCUUAACCACAGUCCUUGCCACUUGUUUAUUGUACUAGUAGGAACUUUAAAAAAAAGAUUUUAUUCAUUUAUCUUUAGAGGGGAAGGGAAGGAGAGAGGAAGAGAAACAUCAGUGUAUGGUUGCCUCUUGUGUGUCUCCCACUGGGAACUGGCCUGCAACCUGGGCAUGUGCCCUGACUGGGAAUCGAACCGUGAUCCCUUGGUUCGCAGGCUCAUGCUCAAUCCAUUCAGCUACACCAGCCAGGGCUAGUAGGAACUUUUUCAUGCAAGAAUA